AUGGUUUCUUUUCAAUGUUUGUUUUUCUAUACAAUUCUUUUUAUUCUUAAUUUCUUCAAUGGAUUUUCUGAACAAGAAAAUUCAAGAAUUCAUAGAGUUUAUCAUAGGAGAAACCAAAUAAUACCAACAAUUUAUGUUGAUAAAUCUGGCCAUGGAAAUUAUUCAACUAUUCAAUCAGCAAUUGAUUCUGUUCCUCCAUAUAACCAAGAUUGGAUAUGUAUAUACAUCACAGCUGGAACAUAUAGGGAACAAGUGAAAAUUCCUGUAGAAAAGCCAUAUAUCUAUCUCAAAGGAGAAGGAAGAAGAAAAACCAAUGUUACAUGGGAUGACUAUGGGUCUAUUGAUUCUGAUGCAACUUUCUUCUCUGAAGCUGAUUAUACACUUGUCAAAAGCAUAACUUUUAUGAAUUCUUAUAACAUUCCUCUAAAAGGCAGCAAAAAUAUGAGCCAAGCACUGGCAGUAAAGAUUUCUGGAGAUAAAUCAACAUUUUAUAGAUGUGGAUUUAUUGGAGUGCAAGAUACAGUGUGGGAUGUACAAGGAAGACAUUAUUUCAAACUUUGCACUAUUGUUGGAGCUAUUGAUUUCAUCUUUGGUAAUGGUCAAUCUAUUUACGAGGUAAAAUUGUUUGCAGUUAUAUUUUUGUAUUUUGGUUAUUAA